CGUCAUAGAGCGCCGGUUAUUCUUUCAAGCGCUCCUUGCAAACGAGUUCUUAUUUCUUGUAGGUCGUAAUAGUUACAACGUUAUUUAAGCGCUGCAGUGGUAACAUUUAGAUUAAGUGACACCCUUCUUCACAACAGCGUUUUCACAAGUGUCGAGUUGAGAAACGGCGACACCCCCCACAUCGUAAUGGAGGGAAGAUAUGUCGUGCGCUACAAAUGCAGUCAGCCUGGUCCCAUACAAGAUGUCUUGAGACAAAGGCCAGGCUGGAUUGAAGUCAAAGAUGAUUCUGAGUGGGACUUCCAUUGGUGUGGCGUGGGCUGGCUCAAGGAGAAUUUGUACAUGGAGGAACAUGUCAGAGUCAACCAUUUUCGGAACCAUUAUGAGCUGACACGCAAGGACUUCAUGCUGAAAAAUUUGAAAAGGUUUAAAAAGAAUCUUGAAAGGGAUACCAGCAGCAUGGAGGGCUCCAAAUGUGAUUUCUUCCCCUGCACCUUUGCGCUGCCAAAUGAAUAUCAUCUCUUUGUGGAGGAGUUCAAAAGAAACCCAGGCAGCACCUGGAUCAUGAAGCCAGCAGCAAAAUCUCAAGGGGCAGGCAUCUUCCUUUUUAAAAAACUAAAAGACAUCAUGGAAUGGAGGAAGCAUGAUGGCACCCGCUCGGAGGAGCAGAAAGAUGCCGCUCAAGUGGAAAGCUACGUGGCACAACGCUACAUUGAAAACCCCUACCUACUUGGCGGGAGGAAGUUUGACCUCCGGGUGUAUGUGAUGGUUACAUCAUAUUUUCCCUUGAAGGCGUGGCUAUAUCGAGAAGGAUUUGCUCGCCUCUCAAGCACACGCUUCUCCCUUAGUAGUAUUGAUGACAAGUAUGUGCAUCUCACGAAUGUAGCGGUUCAAAAAACAGCACCGGACUAUGAUCCGGAAAAAGGAUGUAAAUGGAAGAUACAGAAGCUCCGUCGGUAUCUGACUGCAAAGCACGGAAGACAGACAGUGGAAACUUUGUUCAAAGAGAUGGAUAACAUCUUCAUCAGCAGCCUCCAAAGUGUGCAGAAGAUCAUUAUCAAUGACAAACACUGCUUUGAGCUCUACGGCUAUGACAUUAUGUUGGAUGAGAACCUCAAACCGUGGUUAAUUGAAGUCAAUGCUUCGCCGUCACUCGCACCGAGCAGCCAGGAGGAUUACGACAUGAAGUACAGCCUGCUGGAAGACACUGUGAAUAUUGUGGACAUGGAGGGAAGGUUGACGGGGAAGGAGAAGAGGGUGGGUGGGUUUGAUCUCGUGUGGAAUGACGGGCCUGUCUACAGUGAGGACGUCGACCCAGAAAUAUUUGGCUGUUCAUGUUUAAAAGCCAACACAUACUUGGGGUGUGCAAAUGACCGAGAACACCAGCUAAAUUCGCUCCUGAAAACAUUUCCUGGUCCGAAGAGGAUAUAAAAUUGCCAGUUUGCUGUAGCGCCACAAAAUAACUUGCUUCAUCGCCUCCGUUUGUAGAUGAGUCUCAAGAGGUGGCAUUGAGUCUUUCCUUUUCCUAACUGAACCGCAACGAUAGGAGAUCAUUUCUGUUUUCAUUUAUUAUUGGUAGAAUAUUCUUUCAACAAACAACUGUAUUAUGUCACACUAGCUGGUUCGCCGCCCUCCGGGCGGCUCAUCAGUU